AAGGGGUGGAGCCGGGAUGAGAACCCAGAUGUCUGCCUCCUAGGCCUGGGGCUCUUUCCACAAGACCCUGCUGUUUUUCAGAUAACACAUUGCUGUGGCUAUUAAGGUUGUAUUAUUAUCAUUACCAAGUCCCAGAUUGAAAGGUUCCAGAAACCAGGAUGGAACCCAGGAUGCUGGGAUCCAACGUUGGCUAAGUCAGGGACGAAGAAGAGGCUAAGGGGUUAGGUCUCAGGGGGCUGGGCUGUGGCUUGUUUAAGUGGGGGAAGAGAGGACAGGUGGGGGAGGAAGCUGCUUCCUCCCCUGCCUAAUUGGCCUUGUUCCCCUGGAGCUGAGUGGUUGAUCUUCCCUCAUCUCUGGAGCAGUGGCCAAUGGAAGAAGUGAGGGCUGGUCAGAAGGGCCGGGGCUGGCUUCUGCCCCUCCUUUGGAGGCCAGUAGAGCUGGCCAAGAAGUCUUCCUCGUUCUCCAGGAAUUGAGGGAAGGGAGUCUACUGACUGGGUGGAGCAAGCCUAUAACCCCCACCCCACUUCUCCCUGCUCUCUCCUUUGCUGCCCUUGACACAGAAGUGGUUUUUACCCAGCAACUGUUUCCCCAUCUCUCUCACCUUGCUCACUGUCUUUUGGUAUCAUGGAUCUGGAGACAGAGAAGGUAUUGUUUGCAGACAACCAGGAGCGCCUCAGCAACUGCCUCUGGGGCUCAGUUGAAACCGCAGACCCCUGCUGGGAUUCCCUUUAUAAAUUGGAACUGGAGGACUGGGGCUCCUUCCUGGAUGAGGCAGGGAGCACGCGGAGGCUGCCCCUGCUCAUCCAGGCCCUGCUCCAGGCCCACCGUGACCCCUUUGACCGCCUGGGCUGCAGCUUGGAAGAGGCGAGGAGGGCUGGAGAGCUGGACUGUCUGAGGAGCCGGCAGAUUAAGCUCAAGGCUCAAGUGGAGUCAUGCGAGCGGCAGAUUGAAGCUGUGCAGGCUCGGGAGCAGGAACUACGGGAACAGAACCAGCAGCUGAGAAACACCCUGGGGAGGGAGAGGGAGGAGGUGGCCCGGCUGAAGCUGCUGCUGAGCAGCUGGGGGGCCCAGCAUGGCCACGAGCUGAAGAAAAAGGAGCAGGAGUUGGGGCGCCUCAAGGAACGGAUGCAGAUAGUCCUAGGGGAGCGGAAGGAACGGCGGGGGACCAUAGACAUCCUCAACACCCUGACCCGUGGAGAUGGCAAACGGGCCACGUGGAGAACUGGGCGACCUGAUGGCAAGAAGGAAGGGGAGCUGCUCCGGACGGUGACUGGGAAUCUGGAACGGCAGGUGGCCGAGCUGGCCCGGGAGAAUGAGGAGCUGAGGCGGCUGCAGGGCCGGUUGCAGCAGGACAUGACUGAGUUCCUGGGUGCUUCACAGGAAGACUCUGCUGAAGGGGAUCUGGCUGGUGCUGGGGAGGGUGACACAGUGUGGGAGCAGUGGUGUCACCUCAAAAGUCACAUGGAGAAGCUCAAGGGACAAGUCCCAGAGGAAUCGCCCAGUGAGCAUCCAGUGAUCAGCAUCACAGAUCACGAAAAGGAGAUUGCCCAGCUGCGGCAGGAGAUUAAGCAGAGCAGAGAGCUUAUCUCAUGGCAACAGCGCUGUCUCCAGGAGCAGCUGAGCCAGGGGGAGCUGCCAACCGCACUCCAGGGCUCCUACUUCCUUGAGGAGCAGCAGAGGUUGCAGGAGGCCCGGGCUCUCUUUGCCCAACAGCAGGCACACUUUGCAGUGGAGAGGCACCGCUUUACAGAGGCAGCCAUCAGACUAGGGCAUGAGCGCCGGCACUUUGAGGUGGAGCGGGCCCUGUUCCUAAAGCAGCAGUUUCUCGGGGGCUCCAUGCCUGGCCCAGCUGCAUCAUCAGAGACCUUGUCACCUGGCCUGGCCCCCCCUGAGGCCCAGGCCCCAGAAAUGGAGCCGGGUCCAACGUGCCCUCCCCCUCCGGGUGCAGCCGCAGCUCUCCGAAAGAGAAGCAGCAGCCCAUCUGGGCGCCUUUCUGUGGGUACUCCCAGGGGAGCUGAGCUUUCUGCACUCCACCAUCUUCCAGGGGGCAGGCUUCCCCUAGGCCGCUCUGGAUACAUGGCUGGGGGCGGCCUGCGCCCGCCCUGGACCUUUCUGGAUGGUGCGCUGUGACCCCAGGCCCUUGCGCUCGGCUGGAAAGUCUGGGGCUUGGGGGGGGGAGGGGGGGAGGCUGGGAUUUUUUUUUUAAUUUUAAAUCCGGGGUCGCGGGGAGGCUGUUUUCUCAGCCCCUCGAACCCUCUGUACCCAAUAAAGAGACCGAACGCUCCUCUGCGGAUCGUG